AUGUCCGAGUAUUUUGGAUAUAAGGGCGCUGGCGUGAGAGGUUCAAGUCAGAUGUGGAACCUUGGGAGACUUCCAAGACUUUGGCGACAUCUGCUUCGAAUUACGAAGCAGAGAUGUGGAACCUUGGGAGACUUCCAAGACUUUGGCGACAUCUGCUUCGAAUUACGAAGCAGAGUGACUACGGAGACGUUGGCCACAUGCAUCUGCUUCGAAUUACGGAGCAAAGGGUGGUACUUGACGAACGUCGGAGUGUUUAGGAUAGAAGAGCAGUGCCGUGGGAGGUCCAAGUCAAACGCCGGUAGCUGUUUACUUUGGCGACUUCGAAGACGUUGGCAACAUCCGCUUCGAAUUACGGAGCAAAGAUGUGUAGUUGUAGAUAUUGGGAUUAGAGACUGCAAAAACUUUGGCCACAACGUCUGCUUCGAAUUACGAAGCAGAUGUUUGUACUUGAGGGAGGUUGGAGCGUUUGGGAUAGAAGGGCACUGGCGUGGGAGGUUCGAGUCCACUGUGGCACCUUGGGAGACCGGACUGGUGACUUUGGCAGCUUUAGCGACUUCUGAGACUUUAGACAUUAAGCUUAGAGACUGCAGAGACGUUGGCCACAAGCAUCUGCUUCGAAUUACGAAGCAAAGGGUCGUGCCUGACGAACAUCAGAGUGUUUUGAAUAGAAGAGCAUGGAUGGAAGAGCACUAG